CGGCCGAGAGCUCAUCGGCGUCCGAUACCCGGAAAACCGACCCAGGAGGUUUCAUUCGAUCCUCUUGAGGCAUUUUAUUCAUCACAGAGUCACCAGGAAGGAAGACUUGACCCAGAGGAAGGGUGCCAAGAUCGAGUAACGGUGUGAAAUUUCGAGGAGACUAAUUUUGAUAAAGGGAACGAAAGGGCAUUCGCAACAGAUAAUCAUGGCAGAUGUGGCCUCGACGGCGUCAAUAGAUCCGGUACAGGGUCUGCAGCCGGUGUCGACAGUAGGGAAUGGAGGUGACGGCCUUGCCGACGGUGCAGUGACGAUGGCACCGAAUGCGGGGACGGUCGGUGAUCAAAGUGAAAGUCGACCAACAAGUUCGAGUGGUGCAGAUGGACAAUAUCAUGAAUCGCAUUCCUCGGCCCCUACAUCCGUACUGGCAAAUGAGCCUUUGGCAUCGGAAGUAGCGAAAGCGUCAACCGCGAUGAGCCAGCCUACGGAUACGCCAGACCGCUCCCAGGGAUCGUCUCCCGUAUCCGCAGCAUCGUCGUCACAAGCCUCCGGAACAGUAUCAGAGGCAACGACAGCGAAGGCUGAGUCGGCAGGCACGACUACGGCGAAGCCCGCCCUUGUUUUCAAGAAGCCGGCCAAGUUCACGAGCUCGAGUAUUAAUAAGGCAUUCUUGGAGAAGGCAUCGGGCGGUGUUAGCACGGGAGAAAGAUCGGCAGUCAAGCCUCUGAGCCAUCAUCUGGCCGAGAAGCAACGACCCAACAUCUCCUACAACCCCAUCAAUCCGCAUUUGCAUGCCAUUCCUGCCAAACCACGACUGUCGACGAAAAUCAGUGCACCGGCACCGUACAAUUUACCUUCUAUGCGCCGGGAAGCGUCUUCGUCGCCGAAACCGCUUGGACAACAAGCACAGACCUCAACUACAAGCGCUCCAUCUGGAAUCACCCAACCCGUCAAGAAAGUGCCAGAAGCUAUCCCUGUAUGGAACAAGAAUCAGCCGCAGCCUGUGAAGGAAGUGACGGAUGAAGAUUUGAAGGGCAAGGGUAUUCACCUCGCUAUGGCGCCGAGUGCGAAGGAAGGGCAAUGGGAUGAGGAUGAUGAUGAGCUGGACUGGGGAGAUACCAUCGAGUUUGGGGAUGGUACCAAGGUCGUUUUGAAGGAUGAGGAGUCGGCACCAGCUCCAGCACCUGUUGAACCCGAGCCGGAGAAGAAAGUCGAGCAGAAAUCGGCGAAGAGCGCUGCAUCACCGGCGAACCCAUGGGCGCCGAUACCUAAGCCGACUCCAGCACCGGUCAUUCCGGGCGCGAGGGGUGACGGCAGGAGAGAAGACAGGUUCGGCGGGGAUGAUUAUGACCGUUCGUGGCGCGCCCCCAUGGAUCACCCACACGCACGACGCGAAAUCUUCAACGAUCGGACGGGUCAGUUUGACCGCGUUGAUGACAUGCACCCGCCGAGGCGAGGAAGAGCUGAAUAUAUUCCUCAUGCCCCACGGCCUGAUUUCGGGCGAAGACCACCGGAAGUCCUGCAGAGACCAGGACACGGACCUGUCUUUACAGAUGGUGAGCCUGGAUACACGGGCGGUGACGCUAGGAGACGGCCAAGUGCUGCGAACGAGCGGAUGCCCUCCUUCAGACGGAUGAGCGACGAUAGGUGGGGUGGUGGAAUGCCUCUUCCUUCCCACCUCCCAGUGCGAAGAGAGUCGCUCAAAGCUGACGAGGCUUUGUCCGCACCGGAGCCACCAAAGGUGACUUCGCCUCCUGCCCCGGCGCCGGGCCCGGUUGAAACUGAGGAGAGCAUUUCCAAGAGGCAGCUGGAGGCUAUGAAAGAAGCCAAGGAACGUGCAAUUAGACGAAGGCAGGAGGAGGAAGCCGAGAGACAAGCACAAGCAGAAAGAGCUAGGAAGAAGGCAGCGGAAUUGGCUUUGGCAAAGGAACGAGAGGAAGCUGAGAAGAAGGCCAAGGAGGAAGAAGCGAGAAGAGUAAAGGAAGAGGAACAGAGGAAGAUCAAGGAGCAGGCUGAUUGUAAGGCUAAGGAAGAGGCCGAGAAGAAAGCCGCCGAGGCACAGAAGAAAAGGGAGGCUGAACAAAAGGCCAGAGAGGACGCAGAAUCGAAAGCCAAGCCGAGCGCGAAGUCAGAUCCCGUACUGCCGCCGAAUACGAGACAUAAGUCAGAUGGCGAAUUUAACGGGGCAGGAUGGCAGGCUCCUCGGAGGGCAGCAGCGCAGAAUACUUGGGGUGCGAUUGGUAGCAGGGCAACCAAGAAUGGUGCUCCACCUGUUCGCCGGUCUUCGGCGGAUGCUGGUGCGGGAGGAGGACAAAACUUCAAUCCGUGGGCCGACCAACAACGAAGCAGAUUACCCAAUAUUCUGCCGAACCUGGCACAAGCAGCACCGGACUACUCUUAUCAGGAACAUCAAGGACCUCCAGUUAGAGCGUCCAGGUUCGACGUUCCAAAUCAGGCGGUCGAGUCUGCCCAGCAACCAUCGUUUACGGGAGUGUCGUCAUGGAAUGCAGCAUUCCCGUCAUCUCGCCCUGCUCCGCCUACGGUUUCGGAGAACUCCAUGGAUACCUGGGGUCGAACAAAGAUGGACGAGGAGAAUGCUCUGCCAGAUUUCUUGGCCGAGAAGCUUGUUGCUGAUGUUGUCGGUGGGUUCGGCGAGAGCGAAGACCGCUUCGGCCGUGCCGACCUUGCACCACCUGUCAGCGUCGGUAUGCCGGAGGAAACUGACCCGAACAGCAGUCCGAAGAGGAAAGAGUCGAGGUUUUUCCCGGCUUACCUGCAAGACUACAUCCCGCCGAAUGUGAACUUCGUUUCCUCCGUACCAGUGUCCAAGAAUCUUGAUCAGAGGUCGCUUGAGGAGCAAUGGAACCUGGCCGCGAUGGCGGAGAACCCCCAAACGACAUCGCCACCUCAAUUGCCUUCGCCGCCCCAGAUCAACCUCACACCAGCAGCUAAGGCCUUUGUCCCGGUGAAGAAGGCCGAGUCAGAUGAGGAAGUUAAGGUGGUGCUUCCGCCAUGUGGGCCAGCAUCAAGGCCUGAUUCGUCGACUCUUUUGGAAGGAGCCACGAUGGCUGUCGUUAGAUUGCCGGUCAUACCCGUAAGGAAGCCGCAGAAUGCGCGUGGACGAGGUCAGAAUCAGUUUGAUGACGUUAUCUCGAGGAUUCGAGGAGCGAUGCGCAUCCCGGCUACUCCUGCUGCCAAGGCGAGAAUGAAUGGGUACAGAGACUGGGCAGGACAGAACUUCGCCACCACGAAGAUUCCCUUCGAACAUGAGAAACCUGCAGCCUGGACUCCCAAAGCCAGACUGGCACUGCCAGCUGCAGAGACAUUGACCUCUCAGACCUUGCCGAACGCUUUGGAUGGUCUUUUCCCUGCAACGUUUGCUAUCGUUAGCUUACCUAUCGGGUACCGUUCGAGAACCCGCUAUCCACCACGCAAAAUUGCCCAGGAACCGGCCUACCAUACUAAACGUCACAGAACCUUCGCUACGACCAGACCAACAUUGUCUACUUUUGAAGGUCCUCUGGCGGCGUACAAGAUCUUGAUUCCUGGAAAACAGGACGAAGCGAUUACUGUUGAAAACCCCAAGGCACCCGCUGGACGAAGGUCGGCUAUCAAGGAUAUCAAUCUUCUGACGCCCGAACGUGCGGUGAGACCCAGUACGCCGAGGACGAACAGUCAGAAGGAUUUGGCGGAUAUGAUUACCCGUACUCCCCGAGGUCCUAGUCGAGGUGGUUUCGCUGCCCGUGGUCGUGGACGAGGUGGAUUUGGUGCUCCUUUGACGCGAGAGUCCGUUGUUACCGCAGAAGUUAAACUUGGCGAUGGCAGUGGCAAUGGAAACGCCGACAACAUCAGAGUGGAGGAUAUGCUUCCUGCCGGCGAAGGAAAAGACUGAGAACAGUCAAUACCUGGGAAUCAUCAGAAAUAUUAAUUGAAGACAUCUGUUAGGGAUGUC